AUGGCCUUGCCUGGCACUUGGGCGUUGCUUCCCCUACUUCUGUUCGGCGCUUCUCCCCUGGUGUCUAAGAGCAUGAAGCUAUUUCUUGAAGGCAUCCUGCUGCUGAGUAGGGCUGAGAUUGAAAGGCCCAGUAACGAAGUGGAUGCUUAUAAAUGCAGGUCUGUGGUUGGGGAUGAGCAAUUUAUGGAGGAAAGACUGUUUGGAUUGUGGACAGCAGAGGAUAGUGAUUGUGUGCUUUGGGACACUAGGCUCAAGGAUGGAAUUGUUAGUAAUAGAAACUCCUUUGUAAGGAAGCUUGAUGAGCUCAGUGCACAUGUGAAAUUGCUCCUUCGUAUAAGACAUGAGCAUCCUUAUGCCAGAAAGAAACCUUUUGAGUGUGACAGAAAUGAGAAAGCCAUAUGUCAGAAUGAGGACUUACUUCAGCAUCAGAAUAUUCAAACUCUGAAGCAAAUUUUUGAAUACCUUGAGUGUGGGAAAGCUUUUCAUGAGAAGGCAGCCUUCAGUACCCAUAAGAGAAGAACUCACACAAGGGAGAAUCGCUAUGAGUUUAAUGACUGUGGGAGGAGGUCUGUUAGUGAGAAAUCUCUAAAUAAACACCAUGGAGGAAUCAUGGGAAAAAAUACUAUGAGUGUGAGAAUAAUUUUGGCAAGAAAUCACUCUUCAUUGACACUGAAAGAGCUCAAAAAGGAAAAACAAGUUUUGAAUGUAAUGAAGUGUGGGAAAACUCUCAGCCACAGUUCAUCUCUCGUGGUACGUAAUAAGAUACACAGAGGGGAGAAACCUUAUGAAUGUGCUGAAUGUGGGAAAACCUUCACAAAUAGGUCAGGCCUUACAGUUCAUCCACAGAUACACACAGGGCAAAAACCCUGUGAAUGUAUUGAAUGUAGGGAAGCCUUCAGAUAUAAGUCAGGCCUUACAGUAUAUCAGAGAACACACACAGGUGAUAAACCCUAUGAGUGUAGUGAAAGUGGAAAAAAAUUCUGUGAGAAGUCAAAUCUCCAAGUGCAUCAGAGAACUCACACAGGGGAGAAAUCCUAUGAGUGUAAAGACUGUGGAAAAACCUUUGUUUACAGUUCAUUCCUCAUAGUACAUCAAAGGAUACACACAGGUAUAAGACCCUAUGAAUGUAACGAAUGUGGGAAAAUAUUCUCACAAAAGCCAAACUUCAUUUAUCAUCAGAGAACUCAUACUGGAGAAAGGCCCUAUGAGUGUAAUGACUGUGGGAAGUCUUUCUCAGUGAAGUCAAAACUUAUUGUGCAUCAGAGAACUCACACAGGGGAAAAACCCUAUGAAUGUAAUGAAUGUGGGAAAACCUUUUUCCAGAAGUCGUCUUUUAUAGUACAUCAGAGAACACACACAGGGGAGAAACCAUAUAAAUGUAAUGCAUGUGGGAAAAGUUUUUCCCAGAAGUCAUCCCUUACUGUACAUCAAAAAAGACAUAAAAAAGAGAAGCCAUAUAAAUGUAUUCAAUACAGCAAAACAUUUAACCAGAAAUCAGCUCUUACUAAGCAUCAAAUAACUCACUCAGGAGAGAAACUUCAUAAAUAUAAUGAAUGUAGCAAAACUUUUUACCACAAGUCAUCCCUCAGAGUACAUCAGAGAACCCACACAGGAGAGAAACCCUACAAAUGUAAUGAAUGUGAGAAGACUUUCUACCAGAAGUCAUCACUCAUAGCACAUCAGAAAACACACCGAAGGCAGAAAUCCUGUGAAUCUACAAAUGUGGAAAGCCUUUUAUCAGAAUUCAUGAAUCUGAGAAAGUACAGAAAGAAGAAGUCUCUGUUAGCAUCUUCUGAAAGUCCAGAAACCUUUUCGUGCUUAACUUACUCAGUUUAAAUUAAAAACAGUGAAGGGGAAAAACUUUGUAAGUAUGAUAAAUAUUUUGCCUGGUAAUAAAGGGCCAUCUUAGUGAGCAGCAGAUAUUUGAUAUUUGAAACAUCUUAUGAAUAUUUUGAAUAAGUUGUAGCUUUGAAAAUGAUUCAUUUUUGGUUAUACAUCAGAGAUUUUAGCUCACUGAAAAUAUACCAGUUUGGUAAUUGAGACUAAAAACUUCCUCUAGAAAUAUUAUACUAAAAUUCUUGUUUCUGAUAUACCAAAAUUUUAUUGAAAAUAUUCAAUUAUAGACAUACUGUGUUUAGGUUGAAUAAACAUAAAUAUACCAAACACAAAGGCAAAGUGUCAUUAGGUUAUGUGAGUGUGCUUUAUUUUUAUUUUAUUUUAUUUUAUUUUUCUGUAUUUCAGUAAAACUUUACUUACUCAAGUCCAAAGAGCUUAAAGGUUAGAAAAAAAAAAAAAGUACUUACAAAGACAGGCAGCAGGCUGGACUUGGCCUACAACCACUAAUUUACUGACCCCUGUGCUAAAAUCCAGAUGCUGCUAAUGCAAUCAAUCCUCUUUUUAACAGUACCCUACAUGCAUGCUAUUAUCCUUCUAAGGCAGACCUUUAUACUGCAUGCUUUCAUUUUGAUUUUUCAAACGUUCAGUUUGCAAGUUACAAUACAAGUGCUGUAAGGGAAUAAUAUCUUGUGGUACUCAAUACAGAACUUCAAUGUCAAAGCAACUUUUCAUUGUAUUAAACCACGGAAGUGUGAAUAAGGUCAGUGUAAUGGAAAUAAAUAAUUCUACGCAAAUACAUUCUAUAGUAAUAAAUCUGCAAUCAAGAAAUCCACUUGGGUGCUGGAGUAAAUGGCCUUGAACAGAAAUAACUAGUAUCUAGGAAAUGCGUAAUCACAUAAAUAAAAGUUUCUAAAAUAAAGCAAAAGGUUACAUUAAGUAUUUUUCUUUCUUCACACUUGAAUUUUUAUUCUAAGUGACUGAACAAAAAAUACACUAUCAAGGUGAAAAGGCAAUUCAGAAAAGAAAUACAAACACCUAGCAAAUAAGUGUAAAUAUAUGCAAUCUCCAAAAAAAGUAAAUUAUAGCCAGAAGAAAGAAUCGGUUAAAAAAAUUAGGGUGCAUAAUUUGCAUUUGAAGAUUUCCCCUACAAGCCUGAAUCCUCAAUACCAGAUCUUCAUCUUCCAUAUCUCAGCUCAGCCUCUCCAAAUAUAGCUGCCUCAUCAGGUAUUUCAGUUUAGAUCUGGCCAGAUGAUCAGGCUAUUCCCCUGUCUAGUCUGGGCCACAAAAGACCCAAGUGACAUUGAGAAAAAUCAAAGAUCAGCCAUGCAUUGUAGCUCAUGCCUGUAAUUAUCUGGAGUUGA